AUGCGUGGAGCCUUAAAUUACUGGAAUAAGGCUGAAUGGACUAAAAAAUUACCACCAACUUACGACGAUUAUACUAAGACAUUUACUUUUGUAGUUGAUAAUAUUAACAACAUUUAUAAUACGUAUGAUGACAUUAAACAAAUUCUCAGUGAUAAUAACGUUAGUUUUAAGGCAUCGGUUGAAAGGAGCGACAAUGUACCAAAUCCGAUUAAGCUUGGAACUAAAUUAGGUGAUUUAACUUUGCAAGAAUUUUUAAAUAACGGUGUAUGUAAACAUGAGUUCGAUCAACGAAAUAACGUAUAUUUCAAAUGA